AUGGCGGCUCCUCGACGCAGAAAGAUUGGUCAUCGACGACGCAUCGAGGAUGAGGAAGACGGAGAGGGUGGACCGGACCAGAUCGAUCUCGAUGAUGACUCCAUGACCGAAGGUUCCAUUAUCAGCGACGACCACGACCACGGCAACGAUAGCGAUACGAGCAACAUCGACGAAGCCUCCCCCAUUGCCCCGAACGCGAGGAAGUCAGCCGGGAAUGGAAAUGCAAAGCCUGCUGGCCGCAACCCUUCGGCCCAGACCAACAACCAGGCUCAGGCUGUAUCUGAUGCCGACGAGAUGCUCCAGGGCCUUUCCAUCGACAACCAUCCCGAUGCCGUCCAAGAGGUUCAGCUGGAUGACGUUGGUGCAUCGCCGCCCAAGUCUUCCGCCCCCCUCAUCGUUAGCUCUCACUCAUCCCGCCCUACCGAGCCCGUCGGCGAACGUCGCCGUCGGGAGCAUGAGGAAUACAAGCGGAGAAGAGACGAAGACCCCGCCUUCGUUCCCAACAGAGGGGCCUUCUUUAUGCACGACCACCGCCACGCCGGACCCUCUGCCAAUGGCUUCCGACCCUUUGGUAGAGGCCGCGGACGUGGUCGGGGCGGAGGCAUCGGAGGCCCUUACGCACCGAUGAAUCAACUACACAGUCCAACUGAUCCUCUGACAAGUGGCCAAUGGGCUCAUGAUAUGCAUGAGGCUAUUGCCGACCCGCUACCCUCAAGACAACCAAGGCAUCUGCCCGAAGAAGAGGGGCCGGCCAACGGCAACGGCUUCAUCCCGACAUGCCCGUCCAACCCGACCCCAAUCAACAGGACUUUGUCGACCGAGCGACACAUCGGUAACGUGCAGGUCAGGGUGUCCCUCCCUGCCAUAGGAAAAGGCCCGGCUGCGUUUAGCAUGCCAGUCAAACAGUACACCAAACUCCCGGACCACCGUCCGCCUCUGCGUCGCGACAAACCCGUUCGGAUCUCCCUGCCCGACAACCCGCCAAAGUAUAUCUUCCCCGCCGUCGACCGCUCCUUCAUCUUCAUUCCGCGUGCGAUGCGGCCGAACCAGCAGCGAACCCGGGGCAAGCCUCGUUCCGGUCUUGGCUCCAUCGGAGGCUUCUCUAGACGGACCAGCGUAUUUGGUGGAAGUUACUACGGCAGCGCCUACUCGCCGAGCAUUGGUCUUAGUCGGCGCUCAUCGUUGGCACCUGAUGGACGGGAUUACCUCUUCUCGCCCACUGGCUCAGUCAUGUCAAGACCACCCAUUCCCGUCGAAAACCCCAGACCUGUUGUUCGGCUGCCGCCUGCAAACUACCCUAAUCAGCCAUUCAUUGGGCAGGAUGGCAUUCCCAUGCAGCCAAAUGAGACGUCAAUCAGCGACUUGCCGCAGCCACAAACGCACCCGUUGCCCCAGAAGCCAGCAUUCCAGGAGAACAGACCAAACCAAAUUCCUAUGCACCAGCCCCGCCCGCAAAAGGCCGUGUCAGUCACUAACAUCGAAUCACCGACCCUCAAUCAAGGUCCGCAGGCAUUCCAGCAGGCGUUCCACCAACAGGUUCCUGUGCAGGUGUCUAAUGGCAUCCCUCAGGAAGCCCACUCACGGCAGCCAUCUUACCCCACGCAGCACUCAACUGGUACGCCGUUGUCUCAGAUCCCUGAAAGGGCAAUCCACGCUGCUCCUUUCCAGCCGAACGCAUACCCGCCGCAACAGAAUUUCUAUAAUCAAUCUUACCCCAUGGUGCAGCAUCAACAGCCGUACUACUAUCCUGGACAGUACAACGGCAAUAAUAUGGCCCCUUCGGCUCCGUCAUUCGUUCCUUCGACACAACACGGCCAGGUCUCGGGUUUCCCUCAACAGGGCCAAGCAGACCCUGCAAGUGCGCAAGCAAACGGACAGGCUGCAGGAGGACCUAACUUGGUUGCUCAGGAGGUCAACGGUAUGGUGUACUACUACGAUGCGACUCAGCUCCCGCCAAUGAACGCCUACCAGGGCUAUCAACCUCCUCCGCAAUUCGGACCCGGUGCUGGCGGCAUGGGCGGAAUCACGCCGAGCCCGGAUGGUUUCUAUUACCAGCAGCCUGCUCCUGGGAUGGUUUACUACUCGCAGUAG